AUGGAGGUCACAGCUGAACUGUCUCUUCUAGAAGAACUGGGCGAAAUUAUCGGAACUCUUACCACUUCUGGUAGUCCAUCGUUGAACAGUGAUCUCCUGAAGAAGCUAAAGAACAUAUGUAAGAAAUCUGAUGUUUACGUCAAACACGCUUACCACUUGAUUCUGACACAGCUGAAGAAGAACCACGCAGAAAUACGACUUUCAUCAUUUCAGAUCAUCAAUGAGCUCUUUUUUCGUUCCCAUGCUUUCAGAGAAAUGUUGCUGAUUGAUUUUCAGAUCUUCUUGGAACUUACAUUAGAAACAGACUACAAGCAACUUUUGCCACCACCUGCAUCUGCCGCAAAAAUUUUGAAGGAGAAAGCCUUAGAGGCCAUAGAUAGCUGGCAUCGGAAAUUUGGAUCUCAUUACAAGAAACUAGAUUUAGGUUACAGCUAUUUAAAAAGGGUUAAAAACGUUGAGUUAAGUGAUCACUUAGCUCGAAGUCAAGCUGAAAGUCGCCAAGUAGAGGAUAGGGAAAGACGGAAAAGGAAUAUCAUUAAUGGACAGAUUAUUCGUGUUGAAAAUGAGAUGUCGGAGAUGAUCAGCGAAAUGGAAUUGUGUGCUACUGAAAUAGAGAAUUGUUUUAAGCUUUUGUUACCUCACCCAGAUGAGUAUGAGGUUCACUGCACCAGGGAAUCUGCCUUAUCUGAGCUAGAACAGAUUGCUGAUACAGAUGUUAACAAAAGUCAGGAUGGUGCAGAGGUCACCAAGAAUUUAAUUGGAAACCAAACACCAGACAGUACGGAAGAAGACAAAAUCACUGACAAAAGUCAGGAAAAUGAUCCUAAAGUGGAUACCGAUGAGGAGCUGGUGACUGAUCAUGGACUGGGAACAAGGUCAUAUCAGCUGACCAUCAGAUUAGACAAGACUGGACCAGAAAUAAGAGAAACAUCUGACAACAGCAUUGUGUUAAACACAGCUCGGGAGUUUUACAAAGAAUUGACUCAUAAACACUUACCCAUGAUCAACAAGUGGAUUUCUGUGUUGAACAAAGGUGAAGGAACACAACAGAAAAUUCAAGAACUUAUUGAUCUUAAGGAGACUUUAGAUAAUGCAAAAACUAAAUUCCUUGAGUUGAAAAUAACACCUCUUCCUGACACCAAAAAUAGUCAAAGUGCUUCAACAGAGAGUAGCAGUGAUGAAGAAGAUGACAUUGAAGAUUUUGAAGAUGUUCCAGAAAGGGAGGACAUUGAAUUUCUGGUUUCUCCAGGCCAAACAGCUGGAAAGGGUUCAAAACCACCAACUAGCACUCACAAGACAUUCACUGGUAAAUAAUUGACAUUAGAUAUGUUUUGUAAAGAAACCAAAAAAUUUAUUGAUUGUGAUGAUGUCUGUUCUUGUGAUAACAAUGCCCUAGGAUAGCUUUUUUUUCAACAGCUCUGUGGAAUCAAACCACUGUUCUUUUCUUUAAGGGCUCUACUGGAGGUUUGGCUAAAACACAUGGGUUGCUGAGUGUAAUUAUCUCUUCUUUUUCUACAGAAUCAAGUUCCAAAAUAUCUCAAAAGAAUAAAGCUAGCUUACUGAAGAAGUUUGGUGCUAAUCUUCGGGAACUGGGUGAUCCCACCUCUCGUGCUACUGCUUUGUUUAAAGUGAGGGACAAACUAUCAAACACUGAUUCUUUGUCAGUUCCUGAUAAAGGUUCUAAGGAACCAGUAGAUGAAAGGAAACAGAGGUUACUUGAAAAAGCACCAUUUGUGCCAUUUGACAUGGAUCUCUAUUUCUGGGAAGACCCAACCGCUGAGUCGCACAAGGUUGUCAAAAUGUAUCUUGAUAACAACUGGGCAUCUAAGGAGCAUGAAGGUGAAUAUCUUGUUGGUGAUGAGAAAGAGGCCAGACCAACACGAAUGGUCACAUUUGCAGGUAGCUUUGAACCUGUCAAGUGGUCUUGCCGUGCACCUUUACCAAGUGGUAAACUUUGUCCCAGACACGAUAGAGUGAAAUGUCCACUUCAUGGCAAAAUUAUACCACGGGAUGAAACUGGUAGCCCUGUAAUUCAUGAUAACACUGCAUCUGAUGCCGCCUUUGAAACUUCAGAGAGAAAAAGCACCAGUGUUAAUGCUGAAGAAGAUAAAGGUUCAUCUACAGUGGACUGGAAAGAGAUUCAACUCGAGGUUGAAGCAGCCACUGGCUUGGACUUGGGGGGCAAAAAGAAACGAAAACGUAAAAGUCACUCUAAAGCAAGUGGCAAAAAGGAGUCUGGUCUGACUGAUAUUAAAAAGCAAAAGAAUACAGUAAGAAAUCGUUUAGGAAAGAUUGUUUUGAAUAAGAAAGCUAUGCGACGUGUGGCAGACCAAAUGGAUGCUAUUGCCACAAAAAGAUGCGAGGACAAAUUUGCUAAUCAAUUUAAUUAUUCCUUGAGAAAGUAG